UUCAAUAAUUCAAUAAACAAAUUUGACUCUAGAUUUCAGUUAUUGAAUUCGAAUUCGGAAAGACAAAAGGAAUUUCAGCGAGGAAGAAAAUCUUCAGUUAUGGGGCCGAAUCAGGUUCGAAAGGCUCGAGUGAUAGCAAAAAUCAAAGGGUUCAAAGAUCUGGAACCGGAGUCCGCCAACGCAGCUUCCAGAAAUUGGAUUUCGGUUCACAAACCUAAGGGAGAUGACUCUGAAACCGUCGCCGUCUCUUUUGGAGACCAAUCCGCAAGUCGUAAAGAGUCAUAUGAAUUGGAUUAUUGCUAUGAUCGAAACGAGGGAAAUGCUUUGAUUUUUUCAAGAGAAGUAAAGCCACUGAUUGAAGAUGUUUUUAUUGGUCAUAAUGCCACUGUCAUUGCUUAUGGCGCAAGAGGCAGCGGGAAGACUUUUCUAAUACAGGGUUCGGAGGAGGAACCAGGUUUAGCUCUUCUAGCCAUGACUGAAAUCCUUUCUGUGGGAGAGGAAACUGGCAAGUUAAUUACCAUAUCAUGUUAUGAGAUUUCGAGAGACCAUGCUUAUGAUGUUUUAGAUCCAGAAAGGCAUGAAGUUUUGGUAUGGGAGGCUCGUGGCAAAGUUCAACUUAAAGGACUUUCUCAGAUUCCUGUGAAGUCUAUUCAAGAAUUUCAGAAACUAUAUCUUUCCGGUCUGAAUUCACAUAAACAACCUCAGAAGAUAGUGGAAAAUCAUUAUAGAAGCCACAAAGGCUUAAUCAUUCACGUAUUUCGUGGCAACAAUUUGGAUGCUCUUCCUCUUGGGAAGAUGAACUUUGUUGACUUGGCAGGCUAUGAGGAUUCCAGAAGGAGAAGCGCUGAUGGUGCUAAUUUCCUGGAGAAUAAUAAAAUUAAUAAGUCCAUAUACGCCUUACAGAAAGUCGUUUAUGCUUUAAAUGCCAAUGAAAGUCAUGUACCCUAUCGUGAAAGUAUGCUAACUCGAAUGUUACGCGACUCCUUGGGAGGGACAAACAAGAUUUUGAUGGUCACUUGCUUGAAUUCAUCUUUUUGCCAAGAUUCCUUGUGCAUGGCAAAUUUAGCUUCUCGUUCUUGUAAAGGCACCAACAGGAUUAUACCCAAUUCCACUAAGAAAACCAAAAGCAUGGUCAGACCAAUGAUGCUUUCUUCAUGCAAAAGCCGUAUACCUGGGAGCGUUUCUGCCCCCGUGGCAAAACAGAUUGGCACACGAGUGCAAUUUCCUGACAGCAAAGCCAAUGUUAAGGCUUCGGCAAUCAAAGGAAGGAAACUUUUUGAUGAAGCUUGUCAGUCAACCAAAUCUAAGAAGGCAUCUCAGGAGAAAAGCUUCUCAUUAGAAAUUGUCUCAACCAUUGAAAAUACCAUACAGGAAGAGGAAAAGAACGUUUCAGGUAUUUCAGAAGCAAUAAUACCGCUUGUAGAGGAAUCUUCCCCAUUGCAAGCCUUUAGUGCAGAAGAAAUUGACAUGCCAGUUAAGGCUUUUAGUACAGAAGAAACCAAGAUGCCAGAAAAGGUUGUUGUGACUCAUGAGGAUAAUCAUGAUGAAGCUACUCCAACUAUCAAUAGCAAUGCAAAAGUACUUUAUUUUGUUGAAGCAGAUCAAACCAAGGAUAAGGAGAACAACUUUUUCCCAGUCAACGAGAAUGAAUCACCACCAAUCAGUGCACGAUUACAUGAAUUGUCAAACAAUUUGAAAUUGCUUUAUUCUUCAACUCCGUCAUGCGUACAGACACCACCAAAGACCGAUGUUUCAUUUGAUGGUCAAGUCUCCACUCAAAUUUUAGAGCCAAAAACUCCUGAACCCAGUAUGCCAUUUAAUGAUAAAUUGCAAACGGCAGAUGUCAAUUGCACCCCUUGGAAAGCAUUCAGUGCAUGUAGUUCUAAAAUGAAGAACUCUCUUGUUGAUGAGUAUAUCAGAUUCUUAAAUACAGCUAGCAAAGAAGACUUAAAAAGAUUAAAGGGAAUUGGAGAGAAGAGAGCUACUUACAUUCUUGAACUUCGUGAAGAAUCGCCAGAACCUUUUAAGAAUCUUGAUGAUUUGAAGGAAAUUGGACUCUCAGCAAAGCAGAUCAAAGGAAUGAUGAGAAAAGAAAUUGGAGGGCUCUUCAAUUAGCUUCUCAAAGAGGAUAGAUGUUGAAGAAUCUGUAUCAGAGGAGAAAAUAUGUUAGCUUGCU